AUGCCCCCCUCUGUGUGCUCUGAGUGCGGUAUGCCCCCCUCUGUCUGCGGUAUGCCCCCCUCUGUGUGCGGAAUGCCCCCCUCUGAGUGCGGUAUGCCCCCCUCUGUGUGCUCUGUGUGCGGUAUGCCCCCCUCUGAGUGCGGUAUGCCCCCCUCUGAGUGCGGUAUGCCCCCCUCUGUGUGCUCUGAGUGCGGUAUGCCCCCCUCUGUGUGCGGUAUGCCCCCCUCUGUGUGCGGUAUGCCCCCCUCUGAGUGCGGUAUGCCCCCCUCUGUGUGCGGUAUGCCCCCCUCUGUGUGCGGUAUGCCCCCCUCUGAGUGCGGUAUGCCCCCCUCUGUGUGCGGUAUGCCCCCCUCUGUGUGCGGUAUGCCCCCCUCUGAGUGCGGUAUGCCCCCCUCUGUGUGCGGUAUGCCCCCCUCUGUGUGCGGAAUGCCCCCCUCUGUGUGCUCUGUGUGCGGUAUGCCCCCCUCUGUGUGCUCUGUGUGCGGUAUGCCCCCCUCUGUGUGCGGUAUGCCCCCCUCUGAGUGCGGUAUGCCCCCCUCUGUCUGCGGUAUGCCCCCCUCUGUCUGCGGUAUGCCCCCCUCUGUGUGCGGUAUGCCCCCCUCUGUGUGCUCUGUGUGCGGUAUGCCCCCCUCUGUGUGCGGUAUGCCCCCCUCUGUGUGCGGUAUGCCCCCCUCUGUGUGCGGUAUGCCCCCCUCUGUGUGCGGUAUGCCCCCCUCUGUGUGCGGUAUGCCCCCCUCUGUGUGCGGUAUGCCCCCCUCUGUGUGCGGUAUGCCCCCCUCUGUGUGCGGUAUGCCCCCCUCUGUGUGCGGUAUGCCCCCCUCUGUGUGCGGUAUGCCCCCCUCUGAGUGCGGUAUGCCCCCCUCUGAGUGCGGUAUGCCCCCCUCUGAGUGCGGUAUGCCCCCCUCUGUGUGCUCUGUGUGCGGUAUGCCCCCCUCUGUGUGCGGUAUGCCCCCCUCUGUGUGCGGAAUGCCCCCCUCUGUGUGCGGAAUGCCCCCCUCUGAGUGCGGUAUGCCCCCCUCUGUGUGCUCUGUGUGCGGUAUGCCCCCCUCUGAGUGCGGUAUGCCCCCCUCUGAGUGCGGUAUGCCCCCCUCUGUGUGCGGAAUGCCCCCCUCUGAGUGCGGUAUGCCCCCCUCUGUGUGCUCUGUGUGCGGUAUGCCCCCCUCUGAGUGCGGUAUGCCCCCCUCUGUGUGCUCUGUGUGCGGUAUGCCCCCCUCUGAGUGCGGUAUGCCCCCCUCUGAGUGCGGUAUGCCCCCCUCUGUGUGCUCUGAGUGCGGUAUGCCCCCCUCUGUGUGCUCUGAGUGCGGUAUGCCCCCCUCUGUCUGCGGUAUGCCCCCCUCUGUGUGCGGAAUGCCCCCCUCUGAGUGCGGUAUGCCCCCCUCUGUGUGCUCUGUGUGCGGUAUGCCCCCCUCUGAGUGCGGUAUGCCCCCCUCUGAGUGCGGUAUGCCCCCCUCUGUGUGCUCUGAGUGCGGUAUGCCCCCCUCUGAGUGCGGUAUGCCCCCCUCUGUGUGCGGUAUGCCCCCCUCUGAGUGCGGUAUGCCCCCCUCUGAGUGCGGUAUGCCCCCCUCUGAGUGCGGUAUGCCCCCCUCUGUGUGCGGUAUGCCCCCCUCUGAGUGCGGUAUGCCCCCCUCUGAGUGCGGUAUGCCCCCCUCUGAGUGCGGUAUGCCCCCCUCUGUGUGCGGUAUGCCCCCCUCUGUGUGCGGUAUGCCCCCCUCUGUGUGCGGUAUGCCCCCCUCUGUGUGCGGUAUGCCCCCCUCUGAGUGCGGUAUGCCCCCCUCUGUGUGCGGUAUGCCCCCCUCUGUGUGCGGUAUGCCCCCCUCUGUGUGCGGUAUGCCCCCCUCUGUGUGCGGUAUGCCCCCCUCUGUGUGCGGUAUGCCCCCCUCUGUGUGCGGUAUGCGCGUAUGCCACUUCGUGUAGCCGUUAGCGAUGAUGCUAACAAAAGCGGUCUUCUGGUCGAUGGAAAGGCUUUCCCAAAAACCUUUUCAAUUAAAUGUUAACUACAAAGUGCCUAUGCCUACCUGUUAGAAUGUCAUUAUUAUUUUCAUCAAUCCAGUGGGUAUUUGUUUAAAAAAUUUGACUAUCACAUGUGCGCUAAAAGAACACGCUUAACAACAGCUAGGUGUGCAACUUGAAUUAAAGGGUAACUACACCGCAAAAUCAACAUUUCUCAGAUUUUCCCCAGACCUCAAAAGUGGUCUCCUGAUGUGGUUUAAGCAUAUGUGUGGACUUAGAACAUCCAAUGUUUUUCUAUUUUAAAAAAAAGGUGUGAUUUGAGACAAGAAACCUGGAAGAUAAAAAACAGAGAUAAUGGAAUCAGGCAAAAAAAGUAAACAGAUUUUAUAGGGCCCUACUUAAUGAUAUUUUUUGAAAUUAAUUUAGGCUAUGUAAAAUCAGAAAUAUCUAAUACUUAAGACUGAUAAGCUUUUUUAUUUUUUCUAUUUAACCUUUACAUUUAUUUUUCAAGUUAAUGUGGGCUAUUUACUUCAUUUUUCUGUUUUAAUAAAAUACAUAAUUUGAAGAACAAACAUCGUAGCAAUUCAUAUCUUGCAGUAAAACUGUAAAUAAGACUUUAAUCUCAAGAGAAGACAGGUUAAAUGUUUAUUUUGAUUUUUAUGUGUGUCCCAGGUCUAAAUCAGUCUCUGAUUUAAGGGGUAACAGUUUUUUUUAAAUGCAGUGGAACUGGCUUCGAGGUCCAGAGUUGAGUUUGAGGGACCUAGAUGAUAUCCCAAACAACUAACACUGAAUUUAUACAUUUUCAGUCAUUUAAAUUGUAAAGUCAUGUCUUUCUACACAAUACCACAACACAUUUUUUCCAAGGUAAAGUUAAAAAAAAGUAUUCAAUAAUUUCGCUGUGUAUUUCGGAUGGAAUCAAGGCAAAAGGCCGCCACAUUAGAUCUUCUUUGGCAAACACAAUCUAACCGUGGAGGCCACCCCCCUCCGGCACGGGGGGCGCCUGGCUGGCUACUUUUUCUAUUUGGCUGGCUACUCUAUGUACUGGUGGCUACUCUAUGUACUGGUGGCUACUCUAUGUACUGGUGGAAAACACUGUGUAGCUAACCUUCCUGUUUCUGUUACAGCACGCACAUGCUCACUCUUCUGGAUUCUUCAUCACUCAAGACUCCUCCUUCGGGAACCUCAUCCUCCCAGUGCUGCCACGACUAGACCCACCUCCUCCAGCAGAAUAACAGACCCUUAGGAAGGAAACAGCAGAAAGAGCUAAAAGCAGCACCUGUUGGGUGUUGACGAAUGGCAGCGGGCCACAGAUCAUCGGCCGUCAUUUUCUGUUCAUUUUCCAAUUAUUCUGUUGAAUUGCCACCGUUCGUCCACACCUAGCAGGUAAUUUACUGCGCGUGGCCGGCGUUCGUUCUGGUGUUUCCUCCCUAACAGACAUAGUGACAAUACAGAGACUCUUUGUUACGAGUUGCUCUCUAGGACUUUUUGAAGAAGGUCUCUGAUUGUUUGUUGAAGCUGAGGGUCAUAUUAUUUCUGUCUAUUUUUGGUAUGGUGCACCGUACAUUAUGUGGUUUUGAAAGAAGUCAGACAAUGUCGUUUUUGUAACAUUUUUUAUAAAUUAAGGCCUAAUCAAAUAAAGAUGAAGUCAACAACAGCAUUUGGACCUUUUACUUGGGGAUUGGCAAACCUAAUAUAUUGUUAUUAUAUAUCGUUAUACAAAUAUAACGUCUGGGUUUAAUAUAACAUAGAAGGACCCAGGGUUGGGUAACUGAUGACAAAACUAAAUCAGUUACGUUACCAGCAAAAAUAUUGUAAUCAGAUUACAGAUACUUUUGAAAAACUAAAUGAUUACUUCUUGGAUUACUUUUAAAUUCAAAAAGGAUGUUUGUGAAAAAAUACAUGAUGACACCUUUCUGUUUUCUCAAUGACAUUCAAUUCAGCAUUGAAGAAAGGUGCACGUUUAAGUUUGUUCCACCUGAGAGAGUCUGACCUCAGACACCACUAUGAUGACCACCAAUCAGACACCACUAUGAUGACCACCAAUCAGAGACCACUAUGAUGACCACCAAUCAGAGACCACUAUGAUGACCACCAAUCAGAGACUACUAUGAUGACCGCCAGUCAGAGACCACUAUGAUGACCACCAAUCAGACACCACUAUGAUGACCACCAAUCAGAGACCACUAUGAUGACCACCAAUCAGAGACCACUAUGAUGACCGUCAGUCAGAGACCACUGAUGACCACCAAUCAGAGACCACCAUGAUGACACACCAAAUGAUGACCACGAAUCAGAGACCACUAUGAUGACACACCAAAUGAUGACCACCAAUCAGAGACCACUAUGAUGACACACCAAAUCCGUUUGAUGGAUCCUUUUUGUCUUAUUCUAAGUAAUCCAAAAGUAACAAGGUAAUCAAAUUACGUUACUGAGUUUGGGUAAUCCCAAAAUUACGUUACUUAUUACAAUUUUGGAGAAGUAACUAACGGAUUAUAUUUAUAAAGUAACCUACCCAACCCUGGAAGGAACUAUGAACAUAGCUUAGGUUAUAAUAUUGAACUAUAUGUACUGAACAAAAAUAUAAAUGCAUUUUAUUCCAGGUGACUACCUCAUGAAGCUGGUUGAGAGAAUACCAAGCGUGUGCAAAGGUGUCAUUAAGGCAAAGGGUGGCUACUUUGAAUAUAUUUUGAUUUGUUUAACACUUUUUUGGUUACUACAUGAUUCCAUAUGUGUUAUUACAUAGUUUAUGUCUUCACUAUUAUUCUACAAUGUAGAAAAUAGUACAAAUUAAGAAAAACCCUUGAAUGAGUAGGUGUGUCCAAACUGACUGUACUGUACUCCAGACUAGUUUCCAUAUAGACUCUUCCUUAAAUAGUUCUUGCAUAGUUUGGAGUUGUGCUUUGGGUCAUUGUGUGGUCCUCUGUAACUCAAUUGGUAGAGCACGGCGCUUGUAACGCCAGGGUAGUGGGUUUGAUCCCCGGGACCACCCAUACGUAAAUAUGUAUGCACACAUGACUGUAAGUCGCUUUGGAUAAAAGCGUCUGCUAAAUGGCUUAUUAUUAUUAUUAUUAUUGUCCUGUUGUAGGAAGAAAUUGGCUCCAAUCAAGCACCGUCCACAGGGUAUGGCAUGGCGUUGCAAAAUGGAGUGAUAGCCUUCCUUCUUCAAGAUCCCUUUUACCCUGUACAAAUCUCCCACUUUACCACCACCAAAGCACCCCCAGACCAUCACAUUGCCUCCACUAUGCUUGACAGAUGGCAUCAAGCACUCCUCCAGCAUCUUUUCAUAUGGUCUGCGUCUCACAAAUGUUCUUCUUUGUGAUCCGAACACCUCAAACUUCGAUUCGUCUGUCCAUAACACUUUUUUCCAAUCUUCCUCUGUCCAGUGUCUGUGUUCUUUUGCCCAUCUUAAUAUUUUCUUUUUAUUGGCCAGUCUGAGAUAUGGCUUUUUCUUUGAAACUCUGCUUAGGUCAGCAUCCCGGAGUCGCCUCUUCACUGUUGACGUUGAGACUGGUGUUUUGUGGGUACUAUUUAAUGAAGCUGCCAAUUGAGGACCUGUGAGGCGUCUGUUUCUCAAACUAGACACUAAUGUAUUUGUCCUCUUGCUCAGUUGUGCAACAGGGCCUCCCACUCUUCUUUCUAUUCUGGUUAGAGACAGUUGCGCUGUUCUGUGAAGGGAGUAGUACACAGCGUUGUACGAGAUCUUCAGUUUCUUGGCAAUUUCUCAGAACAAGAAUAGACUGACGAGUUUCAGAAGAAAGUGAUUUGUUUCUGGCCAUUUUGAGCCUGUAAUCAAACCAAUUGCUGAUGCUCCAGAUACUCAACUAGUCUCAAGAAGGCCAGUUUUAUUGCUUCUUUAAUCAGCACAACAGUUUUCAGCUGUGCUAACAUAAUUGCAAAAGGGUUUUCUAAUGAUCAAUUAGCCUUUUAAAAUGAUAAACUUGGAUUAGCAAACACAACGUGCCAUUGGAACACAGGACUGAUGGUUGCUGAUAAUGGGCCUCUGUACGCCUAUGUAGAUAUUCCGUUAAAUAUCAGCCGUUUCCAGCUACAAUAGCCAUUUACAACAUUAACAAUGUCUACACUGUAUUUCUGAUCAAUUUGAUGUUAUUUUAAAAAUGUACAAAAAAAUUGCUUUUCUUUCGAAAACAAUGACAUUUGUAAGUGACCCCAAACUCUUGAACGGUAAAUUUUGGACACCUACUCAUUCAAGGGUUUUUCUUUAUACAGUGAGGGAAAAAGUAUUUGAUCCCCUGCUGAUUUUGUACGUUUGCCCACUGACAAAUAAAUUAUUAGUCUAUAAUUUUAAUGGUAGGUUUAUUUGAACAGUGAGAGACAGAAUAACAACCAAAAAAUCCAGAAAAACGCAUGUCAAAAAUGUUAUAAAUUGAUUUGCAUCAUCAAGCUUUGAUUAUUUGAAUCAGCUGGUGCUAGGGCAAAAACCAAAACUUGCGCCCAGGGGAAGUUGGCCAAGGACCGAGUUUGGAAAAUACUGCUCUAGCGGGCCUGUAUGUGGACUCGCUGCCAUGUGGACUCGCUGCCAAGGCUCCUCUGGGAAGUCCCUGAGGCAUGUUCCUCAUCUUCUGACAUGCAGAACAUGACUUGGCCUUGUCUUCGAUAACUGCAUCCAUGCCUGGCCACCAAAAAGUAGCUGUGUGCAAUCUCCUUCAUUCGCACCACGCCACAAUGCCCUGAAUGGAGUUCUUCAAAUCAGCUGCAUUCUCAGUGGCGGCGGUAUGAUGACUUGAAAGCCCCAUAGCAAGCAUCCAGACUGAACUGUGAGCUCGUUUUCCCUCACCAGGUAAGGCUGUCCAACAGCUCUCCUCCUUUCCCACGAGUGACAACGUACACGACCUCAGACAUCACUGGAUCAGUGCGGGUGAACUUCUUGACAUGGCCAGACGUAACUGGGGGCGUUCGUCACUUCCUUUAAAGUAGAUUUCAGCCUGGGAGUGCUCUGUGUGCGACAGGUAAGGGAAGCCUUGAGAGGCAGUCUGCAUUGCAGUGCUGCUCAGACCAUCUGUACUGGUGAGCAGAUAACAGUAAGGCCCAUCGCUGGCUGCGAGCUGGCUGGGGGUCUAUGACUCUAUCUGUGCAUAAUUGCUCUCGGCUUUACUUAAGUUCCAUAAUGUGAAAGCAAUUGGCCUUCAUUCACCUGAUGACAUGAUGUGUGAGACAACAGCGACACCAUAAGGCGAUGCAUCACAUGCCAACUGUAAUGGCAAGUUGGGGUUGAAGUGGGUGAGGGCCUCUGACUGAGCUAAUGCUGUUUUCACUUUCUUGAAGGCCUCCUCACAUCUAUCUGUCCACUUCCACUGUUUGGUUUUGUUAAGAAGUUCAUGCAGUGGCUUUAGCAUGUUAGCUAGGUUCGGCACACACUUUGCGUAGUAGGUCAGUAGUCCUAAGAAUGAUCUCAGCUGACUCGCGUUCUGUGGGGAUGGAGCUUCCGCGACAGCCUUCACCUUUGACGGCGCCUUGUGGAGCCCCGAGCUGUCGAUGACGUGGCCCGGGUACUCAACACAUUUGUCCUUCCGGACCCUCGGACCGUACUCCUCCAGUCUGUCUAGUGUAGUGUCCAGGCUUCUCAGGUGCUCCUGCUCGUCUUUGCCGGUGAUGAGAGUGUCAAGGUAACAUUGGACCCCAGCGAGCCCGCUCAGUGUCUGGUCCACAGCUCUCUGAAACAAGGCCGGAGCUGAGGUGAUUCCAAAAGGAAGCCUCCGGUAACUGUACAGUCCUUUUGUGAGUCACUGUGGUCAAUAGUUCCUGUACGGUCCUUUGUGAGUCACUAUGGUCAACAGUUCUUGUGACUCUUGGUCCGCAUGCAUCUGUAGAUAGAAUCUCACAGAAUUUCUGUCCUCCAGCUAAACCAGAAAAGAGGUCGCCAAUGAGGGGUAGUAGAUAUUUUUCAGCAUUCCAAGACUGGGUUAACGGUGACUGGGUUAACGGUGACUGCGGGAUCCAUCUUUUUUCAUGACUGAAACGACGGUUGUAGCCCAUUCACUAACGUUCACUGGAUCCAAUAGUCUGCUCUCGACUAGUCGGUCUAGCUCAGUUUCAACUUUUGGUUUUAUGGCGUAUGGGACAGGUCUAGCGUUGAAGCGUUUUGGCUUGCUGUCUGGUUUCACGGUCCAUUUAACUGUUAUGUCCUUCAUACUGCCAAGUUCCCCAUUGAACACAUCCACCUGUUUCCUCAAUAUCCCUUGUAGGUUUGUGUCCUCUUUUGCAACCGUGUGAAUUUCCUGCCAGUUUAGUUUGAUAUUUUCCAGCCAUGUGCAUCCUAGCAAUGCUGGAUGGUUGCCUUUUUUUUUUUUUUUUGUCAUUUAGCAGACGCUCUUAUCCAGAGCGACUUACAGUUAGUGAAUACAUAUUCUAUUUUUUUCUUUUUUUUCUUACUGGUCCCCAGUGGGAAUCGAACCCACAACCCUGGCGUUGCAAACGCCAUGCUCUACCAACUGAGCUACAUCCCUGCCGGCCAUUCCCUCCCCUACCCUGGACAACACUAGGCCAAUUAUGCGCCGCCCCAUGGGUCUCCCGGUCGCGGCCGGCUACGACAGAGCCUGUAUUCGAACCAGGAUCUCUAGUGGCACAGCUAGCACUGAGUGGCGCAGUGGUCUAAGGCGCUGCAUCGCAGUGCUAACUGUGCCACUAGAGAUCCUGGUUCGAAUCCAGGCUCUGCUGUAGCCGGCCGCGACUGGGAGACUCAUGGGCGGCGCACAAUUCGUCCAGGGUAGGGGAGGGAAUGGCCGGCAGGGAUGUAGCUCAGUUGAUAGAGCAUGGCGUUUGCAACGCCAGGGUUGUGGGUUCAAUUCCCACGGGGGGCCAGUAUUUAAAAAAAAUAUGUAUUCACUAACUAAGUCGCUCUGGAUAAGAGCGUCUGCUAAAUGACUAAAAUGUAAAAUGUGAUGCGCCUUAGACCACUGCGCCACUCAGCCUUUCACGAUGUAGAGUGGUAUCUUUACCUUCUGUUCGUUGAGCUCCACUGUAACAAUCACGCUUCCUCUCACUGGAACAGUAUCACCAGAGUAUGUUUUCAGCGUGUUCUUCGUGGCCUGUGCUGUGAGGUGAUGUAGUUUCUCUGUGUAUACAGCCUCAGACAGCAGAGAUACGGCUGCUCCAGUGUCCUCUUGCAUCCAUACUGCUUUAGAUACGGCUGCUCCAGCGUCCACUUGCAUCCAUACUGCUUUAGAUACGGCUGCUCCAGUGUCCUCUUGCAUCCAUACUGCUUUAGAUACGGCUGCUCCAGCGUCCACUUGCAUCCAUACUGCUUUAGAUACGGCUGCUCCAGCGUCCACUUGCAUCCAUACUGCUUUAGAUACGGCUGCUCCAGUGUCCACUUGCAUCCAUACUGCUUUAGAUACGGCUGCUCCAGCGUCCACUUGCAUCCAUACUGCUUUAGAUACGGCUGCUCCAGUGUCCACUUGCAUCCAUACUGCUUUAGAUACGGCUGCUCCAGCGUCCACUUGCAUCCAUACUGCUUUAGAUACGGCUGCUCCAGUGUCCACUUGCAUCCAUACUGCUUUAGAUACGGCUGCUCCAGCGUCCACUUGCAUCCAUACUGCUUUUCCAUCCAGUAGCGGUGUCACCCUGUAUGUGUCCAUUGUCUGAAAUGGACAAAACAUGCUAAGAUCCUUCAGCUUCAGACAGGGUAUCACUUUGGUAAUCCUUUGUGUGCUCCAUUUUAUGGACUUUUUGUACUUCCUGAAGUCGCUUUUCCUUUGUUCAGUACUUUGUUUGAUUGUCUUUACGUGCACGUUCGAUGUGACCAUUUUUGCCACAACUUCUGCAGUCUAAGUCUUUGCACCAACACUCCUCUGCUUGGUGACCCGGUUUCCCACAGCGAUAGCAUGGCUUGGUGACCUGGUUUCCUACAGCGAUAGCAUGGCUUGGUGACCUGGUUUCCCACAGCGACAGCAUGGCUUGGUGACCUGGUUUCCUACAGCGAUAGCAUGGCUUGGUGACCUGGUUUCCCACAGCGAUAGCAUGGCUUGGUGACCACAGCGACAGCAUGGCUUGGUGACCUGGUUUCCCACAGCGAUAGCAUGGCUUGGUGACCUGGUUUCUCACAGCGAUGGCAUGGCGACCUGGUUUCCCACAGCGACAGCAUGGCUUGGUGACCUGGUUUCCCACAGCGACAGCAUGGCUUGGUGAAUCACUGCAGUGUCCAUUUCCAUUGAUUCACUUCUAUCACUCUGCAAUGUUAAAUUACUCUGUCAAAAGGCAUUUCUGAAUUGCCUUGCUGCGCAUGCCACGCACUAACCUACCAUGUAUAGAGUCAAUCAGUGAUCACCCAAAUUCAGCGUUCAGAUACUGUUUUAAUGCAGCCACAAACUGUGAGAUUGACUCGCCCCCCUCUUGAUUUCUCUUAUGAAACCUGAAUCUCUCUGCUAUGAUCAGUGGUUUGGGAGAAUGUCCUUUUAAGGUAGCCACAAUUUCAUCAUAUGAUGUAUCACUAGGUUUUUCAGUCGUUACUAGGCUGCGCAGUAGAUUGAAUGUUUUUCCUCCGUUAACAGUCAAACAUGUUGGCACAACUACUUCUGCUUUAAUUCCAUUCGCCAACACAACGUACUCAAAACGUUCUGUGUAAGAACUCCAUUGUUCCACAGAUUCAUCAUGUUCCUAUAUUUCCAACCGGUACAUUUUCAGUUUAUUUUUCUUCCUCACACUUUUUAGACGGUCCCUUACUCUGACCUCUGACCCCUGACCACCGAUUCCAGUGCAACGGAAGUUAGCUAGCUAGCAUUACUCUUGACUGGCUAUCUACAAGUUUCUAAUUAAACUCAAUACUUUUUACCGAAAAUAAUAAAACACAAACAUGAGAACGUUUCUUCCUCGUCGCCAGUGUUGUUGUAUAGCACCACUGUAUUACUAAUACUAUAAGGACAGGACAUGAGACGGGAGUAGAAACUAACGUGGGCAUUGUUUAAUGCAUUUCACAGGACAAGACAUUGGGGGGGGGGGUUACGGGUGCCCUAAAGGGACAAACUAGAAUAUCAAUACACAACCUCUCAUCCCAAUUAGCCCUAAAAUCCCUAGUUUGAAAGAGACUGUUUUUCUGGAAGCUGUGCUGCGCCAUUAUCCUUACAUUUUCCCCCACCUGAGCCAGCCCUCUAGCAGUUCAAGUUCUAGCCAAUGAGCUUCAACUCUUCGCCAUUUGGGUGACAGCUAGCAAGAUGCACAAACAGCAGAGCGAGAGACGUGCGCACACGUGACGUAGAACGCAAUUUUCGGGGAACCACUUUUGGCUCAUGAGCACUACUUUCAGAACUACUGGCUAAAAAGUACCGGAGAAUCCCUUUUAACAAAAAUAAGAUUCUUAUUUGAAUAGUAUUUUCCAAUGUUGUUCUCCACUACUAAAAAAACGUCAACGCUUUAACACAUCAUCCUACAUCACAUUACAGUAAAUGAUGAACAGCAAAUCAAGCAUGUAUGUGCACGACAAUGAUUUUUAAUGAGUCAUGGUGCGUCAUCAUUGGUGGGUUAAGGUGAUGGGGGUUGGACAGACAAUAUAUGGAAUGGAGCAAUAAGAACAUUUCACUUGUUUUGAAAAUGGCAGUCGAGCAUCACUGGGGAUCAGAGGACAAGCCUGGUCCCAGACCUGUUUGUGCUGUCUUACCAACUUGGCAUGACAGCACAAACAGACCUGGGACCAGGCUUUUAUCAUAAGGACAAGACAGACCGUACAGAGCAGGUGGCUGUCCUAUCGAUUCUGAUCACAGAACGUCGGCCGUCAUUUUCUGUUCAUUUCCUGACGAUUCUACAUGUUAAAUUCCCAUCGUUCGUAAAACACCGAGCAGGUAAUUUACUGCACAUGGUAUUGGUCGGUCUUCUCUUACAGGCAUCAUCACCUGUUGUGGCAAAUUCGUCCUUAUACUGAUCAAAGAACCAAAGUAUUUCCAGAGUUUUUGUAGAAUUAAGAUAGACUUUAUUACAGUGGACAAAGCCGAGGUGGUCUGCAGAGCAUCUCCUUUUCCACCUCCCAGCUCUCAGUUUAUAUAGUCAUUUUACAUACAUUUUAGCUUAACCCCUCCCUCUUUGGUUCCACCACCACUGUCUCCAGUUUCCACCUCUUGACCGCUCCGCCCACUUCCUUAGUUUAUGAUAGUGCCGAAAUCGGACUUCUCCUCUAUGUAUUCAGUUUGGAAACAACGGUGGUGCGACCAAUCAAACCUUGUCAAGCAAAAUCAUGUUCAGUUUGAACUCUGUUCAACCCCGGCUCACCCUGGCUUGACCUGGAGAUUGAUUGUCCACAAUCAAUCUCCCAAACAUACCCAAGCCCAACCCCUCUCUCCCCUCCCGUCAUGCUGUAAUUAAUCAAGAAGACGCCCAAGGAGAGCCACAGGGUCACAGUCUGGUUUCAGUCACUGAUAAGAUAAGACAACUGUAGAAUCUGACCCGAACACAGGUUAGAUGCCCAUUUAACACACACACAAACCCAGUGAGCGGAACCGAUUCAGUUCUUGCCCAGCAACAGCGAUGUAUCUAUCUAUCUAUCUAAAAAAAAAAAAAAAAAAAAAAGAAUGUAAAAAUCCACAUCACACCUUCCGUCUCUGGGAUUAUUUGCUGACUAUAGGCAGCAGGUCUCCCUUGGUUUUCAUGGUUUUGAUCUUGGCUCUGAUGGUGUCGUCCAUGGCCUGCCGGCAGCGGUGGGAAUAGUGAGCCAGCGUCUCCUCCUUCUCGUCCCACGGCGGCAGAGCGUGGAACACCUAAGAUAAAUUAGUACUUUAUUAAUCCCCCAAAAGGGGAAAUUUGUUUGCACCAGCUAAUACAUACAACACCAAUAAAUACAAUGAAAUACUCAAAUUAUAAAACCUAGUCCCCAGACUAAAAAGCAAGCUCAAUUGGAAGACUCCAUUGAAAAACAUUCCUGAUUAAAAUAUCUGAUAGCGGACGGUAAAAAGGAAUUACACACCUCUGGAGCGGCCAGGCUCAACUCGGCGAUGGCUGCCGUCCGCGAGAUGGUGUUACGGUCAACGCCCACCCGGUCGAACGCCACCUUCAUGGAGACACUGCGCCUGAACUCCUGCAGGGCCGCCAUGUACCUGGCGAUGACGCCAACUACGUUCUUCACUGAGGAGAGACAGGAGGACACGGUUACUUCAUUGUAAAACGAAUGCAUUUUUGUUUAAAUGCUGAUUGCUCAACUCUUUAUUUGACACGUUUCACUGUGAGGGCUGGAGAGCUCAUCCCCCAUCUUUGCAACGGCCACUUCUGUGACAGCAUGGGCAGCGCCGUUGAGGGCCAUCUCCAGACUUUGGUCCAAGUGUGCCCUCUAUCCAACUCUAUGGUAUUGGGUAGUGUACGUACUCCUGACUCUGUUUAAGGACCAUCUACAGCACUGA